AUGCGUCAUCCUCGUUACAAGUUACAACAGAGCACUGACAUAGAUGCCUUUGAUGAUCAUCAUCCCCAUCCUUGUAUCCAGUCUAAUCAACAGCCUGAGAAUCUGACAAUAGGUACAGCAAGAGUCGGAACUGGAAAUUCUCGAAUGAAUUUAGAAAUUAGGAAAUCUACAUUCCAAGGGAUCAAGAAUCGGUUCGAAAAUACGACUGGCAAUGAAAGAUUGAAAGGGAAAGUGGGGGUGAUCACUGGAGUAGGUCCCGAAACUGGUAUAGGAACGGCGGCUGCAAAGCUAUUCGCUAGGGCAGGCGCAAAGCAUAUUUAUAUGGUGGAUUACGAUGAUCAAGCUUUACCAGCCUUGAAGAAAUGGUUAGAAACCACAUAUCCAUCUACAAAGAUAACCAUUCUAAAAGCCGAUGCAGCUUCUCCUUCAGCCAUAUCCACCCUGGUCUCAAACAUAAUCAAAGAGAAUGGACAUUUGGAUUUCUUUUUCGCAAAUGCAGGUAUAUCUCAAGUUCGACCGAGGAACACUACACCAGACAUCAACAAAGCAAUGGGAGAUUUAAGAAGUUUGGCUAGACCUGUAAAUCAAGUUGAUGAAAGGGAAUUUGAAGAAGUAAUGAGAAUAAACGCAUUAGGAGUGUUUGUAGCUAUCAAAUACGCUUCCGAAGCUAUGAAAAUCACUUGUCCGGAAAAAGGUAAAUCUGUUCCUGGAGGAAGUAUAAUUCUUACUGCGUCUGUCGCCGGGUUGAAAGCCAAUGCUGGACCGAUCCCAUACUCUGCAUCCAAAGCCGCGGUAGUAUCGAUGGCUCAGACCUCCGCAUAUGACUUAGCAGGAUAUAAUAUCAGAGUCAACGCUGUAUGUCCUGGGCUGAUCGAGACCGAUAUGACAAGAGGGAUGUUCACACUAGCUGAAGCGGCUGGUAAAGCUGAUAAGAUGGGAGUAUUGAAUCCUGCCCAAAGACAAGGUCUGGGCUCGGAGGUCGCUCAAGUAGCGUUGUUCCUAGCUUCAGAUGAUGCUUCGUACGUCAAUGGACAAGCUAUACCUAUCGAUGGGGGAUUAUCAUCUGGACUACCGUAUGCGAAGAUGAAGCUUUAA